AUGUCGCCUUUGCGAGGAGUCCAGCGUCAAAUUACCGACUUGGUUCGACCAUUGGUGCUAGAAAGCUACAGAAAGCUGAAGCAAGGCGGUCAAGAUUCUAAAGGAACUACAAGUGAACCACCCGAAGGCGAACAAGAAUCAUUGAUGGAUUCUCUUGUUCGCACGGCUGUAUCGAGGACGCCGUCUCUGACCGUUGAGGAGGACAUUGCCCACGAAAUUACUAUGCGAUUUCUUAGCAUCUUAUUCCUCUUUUCGGGGAGUCCGACAUUGACGGUUGCGAACAUGGUUCUUGACCUUGUCAGCGAGCCACGGGAGCUAUACUUUGAUGCUCUACGUUCCGAGGUAACGUCUGUAUUCGAAAAGUACGGCGGCAGAUGGACGUUGGAGAAUCUCAAGGAACUUGAUCUCACAGACAGCUUCAUUAAAGAGUCGAUGCGCUUACGUCCAGCAGCUUUUACCAUAGCUGGCCGCAAAGUUAUCAAUCCUCGGGGAUACACUCUCCCAGAUAACUCAGCCACGGUGCCAUUCGGCUCCUAUUUGACUCUUCCCAUGUACGCCAUACAUCACGAUCAAAACCACUACCCUCCUCGAACUGGAGACGGGUCCGAUUUCGAUGGUUUUCGGUUUAAGGGGACGGAGAACAAUGAAGCUGUGCCACUUGUGGGAAGUAGUGAAACAUUUCUCUCUUGGGGCGCCGGCCGUCACAUCUGUCCGGGGAGAUUUGCAAGUGCUGCCAUACUCAAAAUGUGCCUAGCUGAACUGAUACGAAAAUGUGAUUUCAAGCCUCGUAGUCGGAUAUCUGAUGUCACAUUUGCGAAUAUCUAUGUACCGAGCAAGACACUGACGGUGGAGAUGCGGAGGCGGAACUCGCAGUGA